AUGGCCAGCACAGAUCUUCCUCACGUCACUCUCUACUGGCUCGACAAGUCGCGCUCCCAGCGCAUCGUCUGGCUGCUCGAGGCGUUGGAAUUGCCCUACACCCUUGAGCUCUUCCACCGCGAGAAGACCAUGCUCGCGCCCGCGGAGCUCAUGAAGAUUCACCCGCUCGGCAAAUCGCCCGUCAUCAAGGUCACGCCUGCGAACGGCGGCGCGUCCCAGACGCUGGCGGAGAGCGGCUGGAUGACGCAGUACCUGGUCGAGAACACGCCCACAGGCGCCAAGUUGAUGCCCACCAAGUACAAGGAGGGCCAGGAGGGCCAGAUGGGGGGCGAGACGGAGGAGUAUAUGCGGUACAUGUACAUCCUGCACUACUGCGAGGGCAGCCUCAUGCCCAUCCUGGUCAUGACCAUUGUCAUCAACGCGCUCAAGUCGCCCCAGGUGCCCUUUUUCAUCCGGCCCAUUACGGGCGCGGCCGCCAACCGCAUCCUCUCCACCUUCAUCUUCCCCAACGCCCAGAAGCACAUGGGCAUGCUCGAAGGCAUGCUCAAGUCCUCCUCGGGGCGCUACCUCUGCGGCGACAGGCUGACGGCGGCGGACAUUCUCAUGAGCUUCCCGCUCAUCGCGGCCAGGGGGCGCCUGGAUGAGAUUGGCACUUGGGAGGGCGGCUCCUGGGCCAAGGCCUUCCCGACGAUCAAUGAGUACGUGGACCGCCUCGAGGCCGAGGAAGGGUACAAGAAGAGUGUGCAGAAGGUGGAGGAGCUCGAGGGCAGGAAAUUCCAGCCGUCUCUGUAG